AUUUCUGUGUUUUUGGAUUUUUCCUUUAAUGUUUAAUGUUUGAUAUUUGUGUUAAUUUUUCCAUUUUACACAUUAUUACCAAUUUCCACCAAUAUUUAUUUUUUUCUCCAUUUAUCUGUAUUCCACCCUCAUUCAUAUAACUUCAUUCCUUAUUUCUGGCAUUACCACCAAGACCAAUACUAAUAACAGGGCUAACAAUAUUGAAUAUAAUUCUUUUGUUAGAAAAUAGUGUUAUAUCGGAACAUGGGUUCAUUUUUCGAAGAUUUGGUGUAUAAACCACUGGAUUUAAAUUUUGGCCCAGCAGCUUUAGCCAGAGCGGAUCCCUAUCCUGAUAAACUUGACCUUUCACUUGGCGUCUAUCGUUCAGAGCAAGGUCAACCCGUUGUUUUCAAUGUCGUGGCUGAAGUUCGUGGUAUGAUAGCAAGCGAUAAGGCUCAGAUGGAGGAAUACCUACCCUUAUUGGGCAAUCCAGAUUUUUCCGAGGUUUCAAGGGACUUACUGUUUAAGACUCCAGACACUGACGAGGCCGAGUACAAGUUACUCUGCGAGAGGAUAUGUUCAUUACACACUGCCUCUGCCACAAAUGGUAUUUUUCUCGGGCUUUUACUACUCAAAUAUCACAUCAAACUUGCCAACAGAACACAUACCAGUAACCCUUGCUGGGUGGGGUAUCCAACAAUAGUUGAUAACGUCGGAUUACAAUACUGUGAGCACAAAUACCUCAACUUUUCUGACUCGACCUUGGACAUUGAUGGGAUACUAUCAUAUUACGAAACUUUGGAACGAGGUGACAUUCUAUUGAUUCAGGUGUCUGGACAUAAUCCUUGCGGAGUGGACCCGAACAGGGAAGAGUGGGAGAGGAUCGGAGAGGUGGUCAAGAGGAAAGGCCUGAUUCCAUUUCUGGAUAUUGCUUACCAGGGUUAUGCUUCAGGUGAUAUUGUUGAGGAUGCCUUCCCUGUCAGGAUGUUUGCUGCCUUAGAGGUCGAUUUCUUCGUAUCGCAUUCAUUUUCCAAAAUGAUGACCAUUUAUUCUGGCAGACUAGGGUGUUUGCACGUGGUCUUGGGAAGGCGUGAUGAAAAGUUGCGUGAAAAUGUGUUAUCUAAUCUGCGUCACAUGGCAAGAGGAAUUCAUGGCACACCUGUUCGUUUAUACUCUGAGAUAGCAAUUAAGAUACUAAGGACCCCUUCGUUAAAGGAGAGGUGGUUAGAAGAACUCAGGGGCGCUUACAUGCGCAUCAGAAACGCCCGAGAGCUUCUAUACAAGCGUCUAAACGAGCUCAAGGUUCCUGGUAGAUGGGAACACGUGAUUAACCAGAAGGGGAUGUUUUGUUACCUUAACAUACCCGAACGACUAGUCCACAAAUUGAGGGAGAAGCACCACAUUUACUUAAUUUUCAAUUCAAGGAUUUGUAUAGCACAAUUAAAUAACAAAAGGGUUGAAAUAUUUGCCAAAGCUUUGAAGGAUGUUUUGGAAAAUGAGUAAUUUAGACUGUUUCGAGAGUUACCUCCUCCUUAUCACUACAAUUCUACACCCUUUAUCACCAUUCCAUUACACCUGAGAUAAACAAUUACACUUUUCAUGGAGUUAAUUUUUGUUUUAACUAAAUUUUGUCAGUUUUUAAGUUUA